GAGGGGACAGAGAAGUGUCCUGGGCACAGACCCCGCCCAUGAGCCUGAGAAGUGCUCCUGCCCCCAGAAGAGGCUCAGCACAGGAGGAGGAAGGACAGCACAGCUGACAGCGGUGCUCAGAAAGUUUCUGGAUCCCAGGCUCAUCUCCACAGAGGAGAACACACAGGCAGUAGAGACCAUGGGGCCCAUUUCAGCCCCUCCCUGCAGAUGGUGCAUCCCCUGGGCGGGGCUGCUGCUCACAGCCUCACUUUUCACCUUCUGGAACCCGCCCACCACUGCCCAGCUCACUAUUGAAGCUGUGCCAUCCAAUGCUGCAGAGGGGAAGGAGGUUCUUCUACUUGUCCACAAUCUGCCCCAGGACCCUCUUGGCUACAACUGGUACAAAGGGGAAAUGGUGGAUGCCAAUCGUCGAAUUAUAGGAUAUGUAAUAGCAACUCAAGUAAAUAUCUCAGGGCCUGCAGACAGCGGUCGAGAGACAAUAUACCCCAAUGCAAUCCUGCUGAUGCAGAACGUCACCAGAAAUGACACAGGAUCCUACACCCUACAAGUCAUAACGCUAAAUCUUGUGAAUGAAGAAGUAACUGGCCAAUUCAGCGUACAUCGUGAUACCCCCGGAGACUCCAUCUCCAGCAACAACUCCAAUCCCGUGGAAGACAGGGAUGCUGUGGCCUUAACCUGUGAACCUGAGACUCAGAACACAACCUACCUGUGGUGGGUAAAUGGUCAGAGCCUCCCAGUCAGUCCCAGGCUGCAGCUCUCCAAUGGCAACAGGACCCUCACUCUACUCAAUGUCACAAGGAAUGACGUAGGACCCUAUGAGUGUGAAAUACAGAACCCAGUGAGUGUGAACUUCAGUGAUCCAGUCACCCUGAAUGUGCUCUAUGGCCCAGAUGCCCCCAACAUUUCCCCUUCAGACACCUAUUACCUUCCAGGGGUAAAUCUCAACCUCUCCUGCCAUGCGGCCUCUAAUCCACCAGCACAGUAUUCUUGGUCUAUCAAUGGCACAUUCCAGCAACACACACAAAAGCUCUUUAUCCCCAACAUCACUGCAAAGAACAGCGGAUCCUAUGCCUGCCACACCACUAACUCAGCCACUUGCCGCAACAGGACCACAGUCAGGAUGAUCACAGUCUCUGAUGCUUCAAUGCAAGGAAGUUCUCCUGGCCUCUCAGCUAGGGCCACUGUCAGCAUCAUGACUGGAAUACUUGCCAGGGUGGCUCUGACAUAGUAGCCCUGGUGUAGUUUCUGCAUUUCAGGAAGACUGGCAGACUGUUGUUUUUAUUCUUCCUCAAAGCAUUUGCAAUCAGCUACCAUUCAAAAUUGCUUCUUCUUCAAGAUUUAUGGAAAAGACUCUGACAAGCACUCUCGAACACAAGUUUCUGAUAACUUGAAGAUCAUACCACUGAACUGUCCAAGAACUUGCAAACAGGCUGAUACCUUCCUGAAAUUGCUCACCAAAA